AUGUGCAGUAUGCUGGUUAAAAUGAAUGACUUCACUACAGAUAUAAGACACUGGCAUUCGCUGUGCACUAUUAAAGAAAAAAAGGAGUGGGUGGGAAGAGAAGGGAGGGGAGGCACGCCUAGCUCCGGCGGGCCUGGUUCCUGGGACACCAUAUCGGACUCUGAGGAGGAGAGUGAGGACCAGCAACUGAGAAUCGUUGUGCUGCGGGGCGGCACCUCAGGGCAGACCUCCUUAGCUACGUGUUUUGCUCAAGAAACUUUUGGGAAACAGUAAACUAUAGGACUGGAUUUCUUUUUGAGAAGAAUAACGUUGCCAGGAAACUUGAAUGUUACUCUUCAAGUUUGGGACAUAGGAGGGCAGACAAUGGGAGGCAAGCUGUUGGAUAAAUGGAUGUAUGGAGCACAGGUAAUCCUCUUGGUACAUGAUAUUACAAAUUAUCAAAGCUUUGAGAAUUUAGAAGAUUGGUAUUCUGUGGUGAAGAACGUGAGGGAGGAAUCAGAAACUCAGCCACUGGCUGCCUUGGUGGGCAAUAAAAUUGAUUUGGAGCAUAUGCAAACGGUAAAACCUGAAAAACACUUAAGGUUUUGCCAGGAAAAUGGUUUUAGUAGCCACUUUGUCUCAGCAAAGACAAGAGACUCUGUCUUCCUGUGUUUUCAGCAAGUUGCUGCUGAAAUCCUUGGAAUCAAGUUAAACAAAGCAGAAAAAGAACAGUCACAGAGGGUGGUGAAGGAAGAUAUUGUAAACUACAACCAGGAACCUAUGUCAAGAACUGUGAACCCUCCUAGAAGCUCCAUGUAUGCAGUUCAGUGA